GUCUGAACCAAUAACAUCUACAAAUUCCAAACUGUUAAGUGGAGAUGAGCUGAUCAUUGACCUGCAACCCAUCUCAACAUCACACUGUCAGACACAUGUUGAAGAAGUCAGUAAGAUCUCAACAUUGGAUGGAGAAGGUAGAGAGAAGCUAUACCCAAACUCACAACAACCAGAGAACAUCCGUGCAGUUCCCAUCCACCGCCGUCCAGAUCUGCUGAUCCCCUGCGCAGACCUGGUCAACUCUGAGUGGCACAGGAGCCAGGGCGCCCGUGUUCACUCCCUCCAGAAGUCCUGUCCAGACUUCCCAAUCUCUCUGGUGCUCCUGCAGGGCCACAGAAAGGCAGAAAGUCUGCUUGGUCAUGCCCGCCUAUCUCGAGUCGUAGGUCACGGCACCAGCCUGUUCGUUGAGUCAGUGGUUGUGCCCAAGGCGGAGCGAGGGAAGGGCUAUGGUCGGAUUUUGAUGAAGGAGACUGAGCACUACGCCAAAAGCCAAGGGUUCAAGCGUCUGUGCCUGACCACCCAUGAUAAGCAGCACUUUUACUCACACCUCGGUUACGUGCUGUCGACACCAGUGCAGAAUGCAGGCUCCAUGACGACGUUUGUUCCCAUGGAGAUGCUUCUGAAGUUCUCCAGAAUGCCAAGCGAGGAGGCGAGCAUGCAAAAACAAACACGGGCAAAGAAGGAUGCCCCAGUACCACAAAGCAACAGGGACUCAGGAGGUACUUCUUCUCUUAUAGGAGGCCCAUUGCUCCCUCCACAUCCUCCUCCCCCACCACCUCCUCCCUCCAUUCUCCCUUCACCUCCUCCUCCCGUAAAGGAGCUUGUAGUUCAGACACUGACUGAAACUCCCUACAGAGAUGCCAGAGGAGUUCCCAUCUACUGGAUGCACAAAGACAUUUAAGGAAUACACAAUCAGAUGCACUUGGAAAUCAUUUCAGCUACAUUAAUGAACAGGUGUAUAUUUAUAUGUGCACCCAUCAAAAGAUACCAAAAAGAAACGUAUGCACAAACAAAUAAAGCACACACACCAUUACAGGAACAGUGGAGCCGACGAAUAUCAACAUUCAAACGCUGACAAAAGUACUGGAGCAUGUGCAUUGAGAAAGAACUAGGCACAUGCUGUAUGUGUGUUACUGCCUCCCAUUAGUGUACAGAAAGAGAUGUAGUGUAAGCGCUCAGACAACACUCGUUAUUUAAUAUAUAGCUUAAAAAUGACAAGAAAUUUGACUUGACAUGAAGCUUCUCAUUCUGUGUUGCAGCACCUGCCUCUUAUUAUUAUAGUCUGGGCCACCGUUCUGAUUGGACAGUUUGUUGGAUUUUUUAAAAUGAAAAUAAAGGUGAAUGCUCAGACACAAUUGUAUCAGACACAAUUAUUGAAAAAUUGCAGACGUAAAACUGUAAUUGUUGGAGGACAACAAAAGGUUGUUUAUGUACACUCAGUCCGUGCUUUCACUUCUAAA